CACGGACAAAGACAAGCACACAGGACACCCUCUCCUCUGACUGCAUAGCUGAGAGUCUGAAUUGUGUCUACAGUGACGAUGCAGUUGGCUCUGGUGUUUCUCCUGGCCGCGCUGGCCCAGCCCUGCCUGUCGUACUCCCGCAACUCCCUCUACUGGCUCUCCCACCUGCGCAGCAGGCAUGGCUACGGCUACCGGAGCGGAUAUCCAGCAUCGCAUUAUAACACCGAAGAUCCUCAGUCGGACUGCCCUCUGGAAUGCGACUGCCCGGGUUUGUACCCGAGGGCCAUGUACUGCCACAGCCGCAACCUCCAACACGUCCCCUUCGUGCCCUCACGCAUGAAGUAUGUCUACUUGCACAACAACCAGAUCGCCAGCAUUAAGGAGGGUGUGUUCGACAACGCCACAGACCUGGUCUGGAUCAUCAUGCACAAGAACCUACUCACUUCAGACAAGAUCGGCAAGAAAGUAUUCAGCAAGCUGAAGAACCUGCAGAAGCUGUACCUGAACAGCAACAGCUUAACGGUCAUCCCAGAGGACCUCCCCAGCUCCCUUGUGGACCUCCGGCUGAACAACAACAAAAUCACAAAGCUCUCGGAUGACACCUUCAAGGACAUGGUUGACCUAAGCCAUUUGCAUCUUCACGGCAACGCCAUUAAGGAAGUGGGUAGCGCCUUCAAGGGCCUGGACUCCCUAACCAUCCUGGACCUGAGCCGCAACAACCUGGAGAAAGUGCCGAUCAGUCUUCCCCAGGACCUCCAGCAGCUCUAUUUGAACUUCAACCAGAUCACCAGCGUCCCCGAGGACUUCCUCUCCAGCUACCCCACUCUGCGGUACGUGAGGCUCUCACACAACCAGCUGACGGACAAUGGGAUUCCGUCCAGCGCCUUCAACGCCACAAGCCUGGUGGAACUGGACCUCUCUCACAACCGCCUGGAAAAGAUUCCCACCAUCAGCACCAAGCUGGAGAACCUCUACCUGCAGGCCAACCAAAUCAGAGAGUUCUCUUUGAGCAGCUUCUGCAGGGUAGUGGACAUGGCCAACUUCUCCCAGAUCAGAGUGCUCAGGCUGGAUGGCAACGAGAUCAGCACCAAGGAUGUGCCUCCAGAGGCGGUACUCUGCCUUCGCCUGGCCGUCUCCAUUGACUUCUAGCCAUCCCCAACGACCUCUAGCCGUCUCCGAAGAUCUCUAGCUGCCCGUCAGCAAAACCAUCAUUCACACACUCACUACUCAGGCCCAUCCUGGGCCUGAACAUUGUACAUUUAGUGUGGUAUUGAUUGAAAUCAAUUCUCUUAAGAUUCAUUUUCAGUGAUAUGUCUUCAUUUUUCAGAUUGUUGCUUUUCGCUAGAAACUGACAUUUUCCAUAGGCCUCUGUGGUAAAGGACUCUGUGUUAUGGAAACUCUAUAGAAACAAUGGUGCUGUUCUUUGUUUUGUUUUUUAGGAAUUCCAAAUGAGGUCACUAACAAGGAAUUCAAUGCAGUUAUAUGGGCAGAUGACAGUGUGUAGUUGCAGACUGUAACUAAUCUGUAAAAAAAUCAGAACUCAGAAAAGCUCAGAAGCUCAGAGCUCAGAAACUCACUGAGCAACACAGGAAUGCACAUCUAGUUGUCACAUUCUGUUUGAGUUGAUGAUGGGUUAGUGUGCAGACAUACGCACACACACACACUCACUCACUCACACUGUGACACGCAGCCAUAAUCACUGCCGUGCAAUCUGUUAUUUACUCUAUGUCUGAAGAUGGAAAGAUAUGUAAUAUUGAAAUAUGAGGUUGUAAAAUGUGCCUUAUGCAUGUUACCUCCUGUCAAAGAAGAAGCCACACUUUUGAAACCAUCUGUUCUACCUACAUGUCAAAAUGGAGAGCUCUAUGCUUUUGACAUUUCUGCUUUAGAGAGACUUUAAUUAUGUUUUUAAGUAUAACCCUCGAAACACAGACUCUCCUGUACAUCGCUGUUUUAACGCUGUUUUGUCAUAUUUAGUCAGAGUACCAUAUUUCAUAACCAUGUUAAGAAUUCUGUCUUUGAUUUCCUAAAUGUUUUGAAAAAAUAUGUAUGGCAUAUGGGAGCAAAAUAGCACUGGGGUUAUUUUCAUGAGAUGUUCAUCUCACCAUUGUCUCUCUAGGUGCCUUUCUUUGACAUUAACUAAUCCCAUGAAUGUUAAUUAAACCUCGAUAAACACUCACCUCACAUCAGUUCUGACCUUUCAGUGACCCCUGAGAAUUUCUCUCAGUGGCAUGGCACUGUUUACGAUCAGCAAUCUGCGUCCCAGAGCAGACACCUUAAGGACCAAGAACUGAAAUGUCAGAGUCUCCCUCUGGCUGGCUUUGUUUGGGUCUUGUUUACUUCACUUAACUAGACCAUGGUUUUGUUUUAGAAUACGGAUAGUAUAAGGUCAACUAUUCAUCAUUUCUAUUGACAUAAAUAAAAUGAUUGUUUACCAAAAAAAAUGUGAAUUCCUACCCUUGAGUGGGUAUUCAGGUGAGUAUUUGGUA